GUGCCGGCCGUCCACCCUGCGCUACUGUGUAGGCGAGCGCACGCCAGGGUACCACCCACAAUACCUGCCUUCACCCAGGGAAUCCACUCCCGCUUCCUCCUCCUCCCCUGGUACAUACUACCACGUACCGCACCUUACCUGGGCCUCGCUCGCACCUUCGAGGGCAGGAGCGCAAAGCUAAUAAAGACUGCCUCUUCCCCGACUCGAUCCCUCUCUCUUUCCCUCUCCUUCCCUCCUUAACACCACUUGAAGGCGUCGAACCUAGUUUACCUGAAAAGGUGCGACCUUCACGGUGCUUCUCCCUCCCCCCAUUCACCCUCACCCUCUGUCGUGCGACUUUCUCAAUCUCCUUCGCGCUGUCAACACCGCGACGGAGCUUCCGAGCACAACUUAGGUCAGCAACGGAAAAAAACAACAUUACUACCACCCUUUGUUUUUUCCUGUCCUGAUCGACACCCCCGGUCUCCAAUCGAAGACCUUCGACGACGACACGAGUAUAUCUCGCAAUUCCUUUCCACUACCCUUACCCAGCAACUUAUUGUGACUUAAUCCCCAUUCAAUUGGUGUGACGAGAGUCGACUUUUCGCCAUGGCCGACCACGCCAACUCUCCUGCGUUGAACACGCAGAUUGAGUCCGGCAACUUCGACGAGAAGCACGCCGCCCCAGCCGAGAACACCCCUCCCAAGCAGCCCAAGGUCGAGGACGACGAGGACGAAGAUGAGGACAUCGACGCCCUGAUCGAGGACCUCGAGUCCCAGGAUGGUCACGGUGGAGAAGACGAGGAGGAGGAGCGUGACGAGCACGGUGGCCGUCUCAUUCCUGAGGAGCUCCUGCAAACUGACACCCGCACUGGUCUGACCGAAGCCGAGGUCGUGUCUCGCCGCAAGAAGUAUGGUCUCAACCAGAUGAAGGAGGAGAAGGAGAACAUGAUCCUCAAGUUCUUCAUGUACUUUGUCGGUCCUAUCCAGUUCGUCAUGGAGGCUGCCGCCGUCCUGGCUGCCGGUCUUGAGGACUGGGUCGAUUUCGGUGUCAUCUGCGCUCUGCUCCUGCUCAACGCCUGUGUCGGUUUCAUCCAGGAAUUCCAGGCCGGUUCUAUCGUCGACGAGCUCAAGAAGACCCUCGCCCUCAAGGCUGUUGUCCUCCGUGACGGCACCCUGAAGGAGCUCGAGGCCCCCGAGGUUGUCCCCGGUGACAUUCUCCAGGUCGAAGAGGGUACUAUCAUCCCCGCCGAUGGUCGUAUCGUCACCGAGGAUGCCUUCCUGCAGGUCGACCAGUCUGCCAUCACUGGUGAAUCUCUCGCUGUCGACAAGCACAAGGGCGACCAGUGCUUCGCUUCCUCCUCCGUCAAGCGUGGCGAGGCCUUCGUCAUUGUUACCGCCACUGGUGACAACACCUUCGUCGGUCGUGCCGCCGCCCUCGUCAACGCCGCCAACGCCGGAUCUGGUCACUUCACUGAGGUGCUCAACGGUAUCGGAACGGUGCUGCUGAUUCUCGUCGUCUUCACCCUGCUUGUUGUCUGGGUUUCCAGCUUCUACCGCUCCAACCCCAUUGUCGACAUCCUGCGUUUCACCCUGGCCAUUACCAUCAUUGGUGUCCCCGUCGGUCUCCCCGCCGUCGUCACCACCACCAUGGCCGUCGGUGCUGCUUACCUCGCCAAGAAGAAGGCCAUUGUCCAGAAGCUGUCCGCCAUUGAGUCCCUGGCUGGUGUCGAGAUUCUCUGCUCUGACAAGACCGGUACCCUGACCAAGAACAAGCUGUCUCUGGCCGAGCCCUACUGUGUCGCUGGUGUUGACCCCGAGGACCUCAUGCUCACUGCUUGCCUGGCUGCUUCCCGCAAGAAGAAGGGUAUUGACGCCAUCGACAAGGCUUUCCUGAAGUCCCUCAAGUACUACCCCCGCGCCAAGUCCGUCCUCUCCAAGUACAAGGUCAUCAACUUCUUCCCCUUCGACCCUGUCUCCAAGAAGGUCACUGCCAUCGUCGAGUCUCCCCAGGGUGAGCGCAUCACCUGUGUCAAGGGUGCCCCUCUCUUUGUUCUCAAGACUGUCGAGGAGGACCACCCCAUCCCCGAGGAGGUCGACCAGGCCUACAAGAACAAGGUUGCUGAGUUCGCCACCCGUGGUUUCCGUUCCCUCGGUGUCGCCCGCAAGCGUGGCGAGGGCUCCUGGGAGAUCCUCGGUAUCAUGCCUUGCUCUGACCCCCCUCGUCACGACACUGCUAAGACCAUCAACGAGGCCAAGACUCUGGGUCUGUCCAUCAAGAUGUUGACUGGUGACGCCGUCGGUAUCGCUCGUGAGACUUCCCGCCAGCUCGGUCUUGGUACCAACGUCUACAACGCUGAGCGUCUCGGUCUCGGCGGUGGCGGUGACAUGCCCGGUUCCGAGGUUUACGACUUCGUCGAGGCUGCUGAUGGUUUCGCUGAGGUUUUCCCCCAGCACAAGUACAACGUCGUCGAGAUCCUGCAGCAGCGUGGCUACCUCGUUGCCAUGACUGGUGACGGUGUCAACGACGCUCCCUCGCUGAAGAAGGCCGACACCGGUAUUGCUGUCGAGGGUGCCUCCGACGCCGCCCGCUCCGCUGCCGACAUUGUCUUCCUUGCCCCUGGUCUCGGUGCCAUCAUCGACGCCCUCAAGACUUCCCGCCAGAUUUUCCACCGCAUGUACGCCUACGUCGUCUACCGUAUCGCUCUGUCCAUCCACCUCGAGAUCUACCUCGGUCUCUGGAUCGCCAUCCUCAACCGGUCCCUGAACAUUGAGCUCGUUGUCUUCAUCGCUAUCUUUGCUGACAUCGCCACCCUUGCUAUCGCCUACGACAACGCUCCUUUCAGCAGGACGCCCGUCAAGUGGAACCUGCCCAAGCUCUGGGGAAUGUCCGUCCUGCUCGGUGUCGUCCUGGCUGUCGGUACCUGGAUCACUGUCACCACCAUGUACGCUGGCGGUGUCGACGGCGGUAUCGUCCAGAACUUCGGUAACCUGGACGAGGUUGUCUUCCUUGAGAUCUCCCUGACCGAGAACUGGCUGAUCUUCAUCACCCGUGCCAACGGUCCUUUCUGGUCUUCCAUUCCUUCGUGGCAACUCAGCGGCGCUAUCGUCGUUGUCGACAUCAUUGCCUCCCUCUUCUGUAUCUUCGGAUGGUUCGUUGGUGGUGACCAGACCUCCAUCGUUGCUGUCGUCCGUAUCUGGAUCUACUCCUUCGGUAUCUUCUGUGUCAUGGGUGGUGUCUACUACCUCCUCCAGGACAGCGUUGGGUUCGACAACCUCAUGCACGGCAAGUCGCCCAAGGGCAACCAGAAGCAGCGAUCCCUCGAGGAUUUCGUUGUUUCUCUCCAACGUGUGUCUACGCAACACGAGAAGACCCAGUAGGAGAGGGUCGAGUAUGGAUAAGAUAUACCCGAGGCCGACCUUUCAUUGUCUGCAAACAUGCGGCCAAAGGCCUUCAGUUUUAGUUAAUUAGCAUGUGCAUUAAAGACAUGGAGCUGGAAGCCCGUCUGUUCAUUAGAGGAACUUAAUACAAAUCAGUUAAUGCCCAU